AUGAUUCUGAGCCUGGUGCCAUGCCAUAAAGUGCGGCUCACCGGGGGCGCCAGCAGUAGUCUGCUGGGGCUGUGGACGUGGCCGCCUGGCGCGGACAGGUGCGCGGUGCUCACCAGGCCCUGUGGCCCCCGGCUCCCAUGUGCUGGGCUCCCCAGCAGCCCCGUGGUUGCGGCCCAGGCGGGGGGCCAGGCCUGGUGGCGUGGGCUGGAGGUGUCUGCGGCUGCAGCUUCAGGCAACAACUCUCGACUGCGUCCCGUGGUGGGCUGGCGCUCAGAGGCCUGGAAGCUGCUGGGGCUGGCGCACCCCAAGCGCCUCAGGCUGGCAGCCGCUGUCAGGUUUCUGGCUGUGUCCAGCAUCAUCACCAUGUCUGCGCCCUUCUUCCUGGGGAGGAUAAUCAAUGUUAUCUACACACAGCCCACCAUGGACUACAGAUACAGCCUGACCCACCUCUGCCUGGCGCUUGGCGGCGUGUUCCUGUGCGGGGCUGCCGCCAACGCCAUUCGCGUCUAUCUCAUGCAGACUUCAGGCCAGCACAUCGUCAACAGGCUGAGGGCUUCGCUGUUCUCCAUUCUGAGGCAGGAGGUUGCUUUCUUUGACAAGAUUUGCACAGGGGAGCUGAUUAACCGCCUUUCGGCAGACACGGUACUCCUGGGACACUCAGUGACCGAAAACGUCUCUGAUGGGUUCAGGGCAGGGGCCCAGGCUUCCGUCGGCAUCGGCAUGAUGUUUUUUGUCUUGCUUCAUCUGGCCGCUUUUGUUUUGAGUGUGGUGCCCCCGAUAUCCAUCCUCGCUGUGCUUUAUGGAUGCUAUCUGUGGAAACUGACCAAAGCCACGCAGGAUUCCCGGGUGCAGGCCACCCAGCCAGCUGAGGAACAUACUGGAAAUAUAAGAACUGUCCAAGCUUUUGGGAAAGAAAUGACUGAAAUAGAGAAAUACACCCAUAAAGUGGGCCACGUGAUAGACUUGGCAAAGAGAGAGGCAUUUGCUUGGGCUGGCUUCUUCGGAGCAACAGGGCUCUCUGGGAACCUGAUUGUGCUCUCUGUCCUGUACAAAGGAGGGCUGCUGAUGGGCAGUGCCCACAUGACCGUGGGUGAACUCUCUUCCUUCCUGAUGUAUGCUUUCUGGGUUGGAUUAAGCAUUGAAGGUCUGAGCUCCUUCUACUCGGAGCUGAUAAAGGGACUGGGAGCCAACACCCGCCUGUGGGAACUCCUGGACGGAGAGCCUGGGCUGCCUUUCAACGAGGUUGUUGUUUUAAAAGAAAACUUCCAGGGCGCUUUGGAGUUCCAGAACGUUCAUUUCGCCUAUCCAGCUCAGCCAGAGGUGCCCGUAUUCCAGGAUUUAAGCCUCUUUAUCCCAUCAGGAUCUGUCACGGCACUGGUCGGCCCAAGUGGCUCCGGCAAAUCGACAGUGGUCUCCCUUCUGCUGCGGCUGUAUGACCCCGUUUCUGGAACCUUUAGUCUCGAUGGCUAUGACAUCCGUCAGCUUAAUCCAGCCUGGCUGAGGCCCAAGAUUGGGACAGUGAGUCAGGAGCCAAUUUUGUUUUCUUGCUCAAUCGAAAACAUCACUUAUGGUGCCAAUGACCCCACCAUGGUGACCGCCGAGCAGAUAGAGAACGUGGCUGGAGCCAACGUGGCCUCCUUUAUCCGCAACUUCCCCCAGGGAUUGGACACCGUGGUCGGAGAGAAGGGGGUUCUACUCUCAGGUGGGCAGAAACAGCAGAUAGCGAGCACCCGGGCUCUGCUGAAGAAUCCCAAAAUUCUUCUCCUAGAUGCGCUUGACACUAAGAACAAGCACCUUGUGCAUGAAGCUCUGGAUCGGCUGAUGGAAGGAAGAACAGUGUUGAUCAUCGCCCAUCGUCUGUCCACCAUCAAGAACGCUCAUGUGGUCGCUGUUCUCAACCAAGGGAGAAUAACUGAAUGUGCGAAACAUGAGGAACUGCUGCUCUCAAAAACAGACGGGACAUACAGAAAAUUAAUAAACAAAGUUUUAUUUCAGCAUAGAGAAGCCAUUACCGGUAAAAUGAAUAUGAAAGACUUUUUAAAGCCAGACAGCAUUGCAGGAAAAAAAAAACCUAGGGACAGUAUGAGAUCUGUAAGUCAUACUUCAAGUUAUUAGACAUAUGCCUAUUUUCUUCCAAACUGUAUAAAAUAUUGUUAUGAGAUGUACCUGUCUCAAGACUUUUUUUAUUCAGAGUUUUAAUAAUUGUAACUUUCUAAUGUCUAUAGCACUGUAGUUAUUUUCAGGUUUUGUACUUUCAUCUCAGGAUAUUUUGAUUAAUAUAGCAUGACAGCUUUUUUUUUCUUUUUACCUCCUGUUAGAGAUUGAAGCUAUUGUCAAAUGACAACUUUCAAAAGGGAAUUAUAAAUAAAAAGCCUAAUUAUUUUAGGCCAGUUUGCCAAUCACUAUGUAAUUCUUUUGGUACCAUUCUACCUAUUUUGGGCCUGAUUUUACUAAGUAGCAUAAAA